UGAGUCGGCUGUUAUAUUGAUCAAGUUAAGUUUUCUAAGGACGCACGUUGAUAAGAUCUUGGUAUUUGUCGAUUACACGAGAAAUUUGCCUGCGACGUCAACAUAUCUGUCGAAUGUGAUUCCUAUAGUGUUUGCCGCGCGCCAUACGUGGAAUGUUAAUUUCUCAUUCAUGACGUCAUUUGUGAAUUACACAAGCGUCACCGCUUAGCCUGUUGUGUGGAAAAUCUCGUCGAAUUCAUGGCAGCGCUGAGCGGACUUCGUUUUUUCUAACGAACAUCGGAAACGAAUCCCGGAGUGCGUCGUGUCUCAACCAGUGGAUACCUCGUCAACUACCGUCGUUAUUUUUCGGCGGAAUUCUCGUUUCGAUUGAGAGUACAAUUGCAGUGUUUGGAAGUUAUUUGAUCGCUUGCUGCAAUGUCGAUGCAACAGUUCUGUCUGCGUUGGAACUAUCAUCAGCCAAAUUUCAUUUCGGUGUUCUCGAAUUUGUUGAACAAUGAGACAUUGGUGGACGUUACGUUGGCUGCCGAGGGCAAACAACUUCAGGCACACAAAGUUGUUCUGUCUGCGUGCAGUACAUAUUUCCAGUCAUUGUUUACUGUGAAUCCGUGUCAACAUCCAAUUGUUAUAUUAAAGGAUGUGAAAUUCUCAGAUUUGAAAAUUAUGGUUGACUUUAUGUACUAUGGUGAAGUGAACAUAUCAGAGGAUCAACUACCAUCUAUUAUAAAGACUGCAGAAAGUUUGAAAAUAAAAGCACUCGCAGAAAUGAAUACCGCUUCAUUAACCAAAUGGCCACGUGGUACCAGUGAAACUGAAGGAGGAGAUCGUGGGGAAUCUUGUUCACCAUCUCCUUCUCCAUUGUCACCAUCUUUUCGUAGAAAGAGAUUAAGGAAAUCAUCCACAGGAUCAACAUCUGGAUCUGGUGAAAAACCGGAAGAAAUGAAUGAAAUCACUUUAGUUGCCACUAAUAUUGUAAAACCAGAACCAUUGAUAGUUUCGCAAGAAAAUAACGAAAGUGUGAGGAGACCUGUUAAUACCAAUACUGAAUCUCAAGGCAGCAUUGACGAGGAUCAAAUAUCAAUUAUGAGUAACAUGGAUAAUAAUUCAACAGCAACACCAGCACAAAAUGAUGGUUCAAUACAAGAUAUGAGUCAACAAUCAGGAGGGAAUGUAACACAAAGUUCAGUUUCUUCACAGCCACCUGCACAUCAAGGAUUGCAAUGGACUAUUAUGGAGCAUACAUAUCCACGUUUCGCUCUGUCCUCGUGUCAAACGAAUCUGUCGAUCCAAGCGUCAUCAGCUUUUACCACGCCCGAAAUAACAGCUUCCUCAACCAUCAGCGAUCAGUACUCUGGUACCAGCACGACUGGUUCCAGUUGCGCCCUGACGAAUUACUCGAACUCUUCGCACGGGACGUUGCAGCAUGCGUCGUCCAGCGGAUCGACACCGUCGACACAGUGCCCGAGUAACUGCCAGAGUCCCUGCGCCAGUCCGCAGACCGCAAUUAAGAGGAAACGAUCGACAAACCCGCAGGCGGACGAGAACUUUAUCAGAGCGUUAGACGCCGUCCGAUACGGCGGCAUAGGUUUCUGUAAGGCGGCCAGGAUGUUCGGUGUGAACAAUCGAACACUUUGGCUGGAGUACAAAAAGCGUGGUUACCCGAACAACCGACCAAGCUUGAAAUCGAGGGUCAAGCAAGAAGUGAAUUCCUCGCCGCCGCCGCCAGCCCCGCCUGCGCAGCCGGUUAAUUCGCAGAGUCCAACGCCGAUGGGACCUCCCACCACUCCGCACAGUACACACAAUACCCACAGCACGCAUACCAUGCUGACCACUCAUAGUCCUCAUACGAUGUUAAGUGGUUACAUCGAUAGCAGGCAUACGGAUUACGCAUUGCCCAGUACUACAAUGCCAAUCAAUUUACAUGGCGUUAACUACAAUGCGAUCAGUUUGUAAAGCAGGGCCGAAAAGAUGUCGUCUGCUGCGCCAGCCGCGAGUGAAGAAGGAAUCGAACCAUUUGUCGCCAGACAGCGAGUCGUCGUCGCCUCACAUUGUCUCGUCCUCUAUCUACAUGACGGCGCCGACGUUGAAUCUGCCGCAGACAUCGAAGAGCUGGGACGAGACGAGAAUCUCGCCGCCGCAGCAAUCGAUCCUGGUGAACCAGCCAAGUCUGUUGACGGUGACCACCUCGACGAACCUGUUGACCGUGCCUCAGCCAUCCUAUUUGAUGAAGCAACACUCCCACCCGCUCUUGUCUAGUCAGCAACAGUCCAGCAGUGGCAAUUACUGGAUAUACAGGCAACACUCGAACCCGGAGUUCCCCAGUCGGACCACCAGCCCGUCGAUCGUCGUGGAACCGGCGCCGGUCGUUAAAACGGAGGAGGAAAUCACGCCGGACGAACCAAGCAUCGCCACCACUACUACGGAGACCACCACUGGCUCUACGUCGGGCCUGAGGGUGAAGACUACGGAACUCAGACGGAGCUCCUCGUCUCCGCAAGCGACGAGCAGAGAAUCGCGAGAGAAUUUAGGUGACCUGCGACUCGGCCAUUGUCCAGUAUUGCGUCCAGGACCAGCUCUGAGCUGCAAACACUGCUGGAACACGAUAGAUGCUCACGGAAGGACGCUCCGGAGAAAAACAAAGUACCAUUGCCCCGAGUGUCAGGCCAAUCUGUGCAUUGUCCCUUGUUUUCAAGACUAUCACGAGCAACGACGGGAGCUGAAGCUGAAACCUCUGCCGAAAACCAGUUCAGUCUAACGCGUUUUUCACGUCGAUAAAUUUGGCUUCACCAAUCGCACACGUCAAUUUCAAGCACGUGUCUUUUAAUCAGGAUCACAAAGAAUGAAUUCUUUGACUUGUGAUUCGCAAUUAAGCUUCGUCUUUUCGUCGAGGCUCCACCAUGUCACGAUGUCAGUUGAUGAACUUUGUUUUGAAACAUUUCGUGGACCUCGAUGCUGGAGAUGUCAUGUAAGGUCAGUUAGUCGAGGGUUUACAGGGCAAGGAGUCAUUCUUAAUAGAUUCCUGGAUUUUGUCCACUGUUUUAUGCAUCGUCGUUUUAUGCCUUGUCAGAUGAUAUUUCGAGGAUAAAGAAAACGAAAGUUCCUAAGGAUAUUAUUAGAACGACAGAGAGAGAGAGAGAGA